GGGUCGUGGACUUUGCGCUCCAACUGCGUCGAAACCCAAGAGUGGGUUAGGCCACCCCGCCCUGCAAGGCGCAAAGGCAUCAUAGGGCACCAUGCACUUGCCCGAGGCGUUGUCUUAGUAGAUGCGGGGAACAUGAGGCCCCUUGGUUCCUAAACUCCCCUCACCUUAUCCUCCCGACACGCUUGCUGAACCACAGAACUAAUGUGGAGAGUAGGCCUUAGAGUAACUCUAACUCUAACCCCAACCCACCUCUCAUUUUCAGCAUUUUGCAGCAUGAUUCUAUUUAAGCUGCGAUUUUCCACUUCUAUGAGACUUUGCUGUCUCUAUACAAACUUCUAAAUUCUACUUUGAGGCUUAGCAUUCACCCCAGUAGGCCUAAGCAUCAUGUCAACCCCAUUCUCUGUGGCCGGCAAGACAGCCAUCAUUACAGGCGCCGGAUCAGGCAUCAACUUCGCCUUUGCGCGUCUCCUCCUCUCCAAGAACUGCAACGUCGUCAUUGCUGAUCUCGCGCUCCACCCCGAAGCCGAAAAGCACUAUGCUUCCUCCGUAGCCUCCCCACGCGCUGUCUUCUGCAAGACCGACGUCACGUCGUGGGCUGCUCUAGAAAAUGUGUUCGCCGUUGCUAUCGCAGAGUUUGGCCAGUUUGAUAUCCUCUGUGCCGGUGCUGGGAUCUUCGAACCACCCUACAGCAACUUCUGGUACCCUCCAGGAACGCCCAAGAGCAAAGACGCACGCCAUGGCGACCGCUACCUUACAAUGGACGUUAACACAACCCAUCCUAUCCGCUCAACGCAGCUUGCUAUCUCACACUUCCUGAACCCGCCAGCCGGCAAAGAGAGCGUCAGCACUACGAACCCAAAACGGGUCGUCAUUUGUGGCUCUAUAGCUGGUCAAGUUUCCGCGCUGUCCUACCCGCUUUAUUUCGCCAGCAAGCAUGCCAUUUCUGGAUUUGUGCGGUCCCUUGGUAGUCUUGAAGAGACUGGGAUCCGCGUCGCAGCUGUUGCACCCGGGCUCGUACUGACACCCUUGAUAACGGACGCACCGGAUAAAGCGCGAAUGGUGGAUUUCAGCACAGACAAAUACAUCACCCCUGAAGAAGUUGCUAAAAACCUCCUGCGGCUUUGUGAGGAUGAAGAGAUUGGAGGAGGUACGAUCCUGGAAAUUGCGGCGGGUGGGAAGACAAGGAAGGUGGAGCCCCUCAAUGAUCCGGGGCCACAGGGAGAGGGUCACACAACCAGUCAUGGGGGCGUGGUUGUGGACGAGGUAUGGGAAUUGCUGGGUAAAAACAGAUGGGGUGUUCUAAACUGAUUAGGUGAAGAGGAAGG